GGCUACGUUUUUAGCAGAUCUCCUUGUAAUUCACCUUCCUUCUCUCUCCCCCAACCCCCUUCUCUCUUCUCCACUCCCUCGCUCUGUCUCCCUUCUCUCUCCCCCAACCCCCUUCUCUCUUCUCCACUCCCUCGCUCUGUCUCCCUUCUCUCUCCCCCAACCCCCUUCUCUCUUCUCCACUCCCUCGCUCUGUCUCCCUUCUCUCUCCCCCAACCCCCUUCUCUCUACUCCACUCCCUCGCUCUGUCUCCCUUCUCUCUCCCCCAACCCCCUUCUCUCUUCUCCACUCCCUCGCUCUGUCUCCCUUCUCUCUCCACAGUGAUGGAGUUCCCCCGGCACGCCCUGCAGCUCCUGUCAGGCCUGCGUUCUCAGCGUCAGCGUGGGUUCCUGUGCGACUGUACCGUCUUUGUGAGUUCCUCACGCUUCCUGGCCCACCGUGCUGUCCUGGCCUCCUGCUCUCCAUUCUUCCACAUGUUCUACUCUGAUCCCCCAGGGGGCACCGGGGCCAGCUCAGUCACGCUGGACGGGGACAUCGUGACAGCGGCGGCAUUCGGCCUGUUGUUAGACUUCAUGUACGAGGGUGUGCUGCGGCUUGAGGCCCCUCCCCCAGCAGAGGACGUGCUGGCAGCGGCGAGCUUCCUCCACAUGAACGAGGUGGUCCGGGUGUGUAAGAGACGGCUACAGCACCGACCACCACCAGCUGAGGCAGACAGCACGCGCCCGGAGGAGAGUGGAGUGGCGGUGGUGGGUGCAAGUGGACCCGGAGUUGGCAUGGUGGCAACAGGACCUGCCAAAGUGAUGGCGAUGUCAGUGUCUCAGUCUGCGUCAGUGGCGAUGCAGAGAAGCCAGUUGGGCUGUUAUACGAGGUCAGAGAGGAGGGUGGAGGUUCAUGCACACGCCCCUCUGAGUCCUGACAUGGCCGACACCACCCAGCCGGGCAUGGACCACGCCCUCCUUCAUGUGGGUGAGCUGGUUACCCUUUCCUCCGGUCCCUCUCUCAGGCUGGGAGGUCAGAGAGAGGUUCAGGGGGGCUCUGCCCUUUGCAGCCCCUGCAGCUCCACAGAGUCAUACAAUCUCAGCAGCCACCAUCGCCAGCCCUCUUCAUCAGCAGGUGCAUCAUCAGUGGUACCUGUGACCCAGACUGAUGGCUCCAGCUCCAUGGUGGGGAUACUGACCCAGUCUGACCACAGCAGCUCUUCCAGCCCAGAACAGGACAGCCAUGACCCUGUCUCUAACAAGAGCACAGUAAUCACACCAGGCAUGCAAUGCCAGCAGCAUGGUCUUAGUAUCAACACACACCCUCAGAUUAGAAUACAGCCUCCACACUCACUCCUCACCUCACCUCCCAACCUGAACCUUGUAACCCAUCAGGGCCAAACCUCAGCCCUGUCAAGGUCUGACGGGCUGCAGCAUGGGGGGUCAGAGAGGGAGAGCAAGGAGGCUAGUGAACACUCUGACAUGGGGACUGUGGGAGUGGAGGUGGAGGAGCAGGGGGAAGGGGUGAAGGUAAAGGUGGAGGCCAUAGUGAUCUCAGAUGAGGAGUUUGAGGAGAUGGAAGGAGUGAUGAUAAGUAGAGGAAUGAAUGGGGGUAGAGAACGAGGGAUGAUGGAGGUAGAGGACAGGAAUGAGUUUAACGACGAUAAUAAAGACAGAGAUGAACUAAACAACCCCCACUUCAUCCCUCCUCACCCCCACCACGCCUCACUCCAGAUGACCCACUCCCACCCCUCUGAGCCUUUCUCCUUCUCCUUCUCCCCCUCCGGACCCAGCUCCACUUCUUCUGAUGCUCCCCCUUUCCCCUCCUCCCUCUUCCCCUCCGUGGGCCAACAUUCUGACCAGCCCGUCUACUUCCAGGAUUCCAUGGGGAACUAUGUUGAGGACGUCCCCACGUGCAGUGUCUGUGGAAAGACGUUCUCGUGCGCGUACACCCUGAGGCGACACGCCAUCGUGCACACACGCGAGCGUCCCUACGAGUGCCGCUACUGUUACCGUAGCUACACACAGUCAGGUGACCUGUACCGCCACAUUAGGAAGGCUCAUGACUCCAGCCUGCCAGCCAAACGCAGUAAAGGAGACACUGAGGAGGGCCAGCCUCCACACAGCUAGCACACACCGAUAGCUGUAUACUUCUCCAUGCUACGGAGAAUGACACAUUAUUUAUGCCUUCCCUCUUCCAACACCAGACAUCCUGGUCUUGCAUGUCCAUGGCAAUGAUCUGAGAUACUUCCAAAUGAUCUGGGAUACUUCCCAUGAUCUGGGGCACUUCUAAACGGUCUGGGGCACUUCCAAACGGUCUGGGGCACUUCCAAAUGAUCUGGGAUACUUCCCAUGAUCUGGGGCACUUCCAAGCGGUCUGGGGCACUUCUAAACAGUCUGGGGCACUUCCAAACGGUCUGGGGCACUUCCAAACGGUCUGGGGCACUUCCAAACGGUCUGGGAUAUGUCAGAUACGUGUUUCCCUCCACCAGGAUGGUCUUUUCAGACAUGCCCAUUCCCGGGACUGAGUGGGCCCGGUGCUCAGUCAACAAGCUGGUGCUGGCUGGUGGUGUUUUAGCUAUUUUAAAUGGGACUUUCAGGACUUUUGUCUUUUACAUAUUGUACCAGUUGUCUUACUAUGACCUCAGUGCCAAAAUACUUUGUGUACUGUACUAUGUUAUAUAUUCCAGAUAAAUUGGCAGUUGUCAAGGGUACUGUUUUUUGUCAACACUAAUAGCAUAAUGGUCUGUGAUACUUCUACCUGUAAGUCUCCAUUGUUGCCAACUUUUACGAUUGGCUGAAUAUCACUACAACUUCAUUGCUGUGAAUAGAACACAUUUCUUCAGUCUAACAUACUUUCAUUGGAGUACUGUUCAAUAAAUGACUUCCA